AGGGGGGAAAGGGGGGAAAGGGGGACUGUUUAUAUGGACGGAUCCCCCCUUAAGGCGAAUCUUGUGUGCGUUGUACUGUCGUUUCCUCAAGAUUGGGUGGGUUUGAAGACCUGGCGGGUUAUCAUUACUUCCUUUAUUAUUACAGUCUGACAUGGCAGAGGUUCAGCGAGAUGUACAAUUGACUUUCUUCAUUAUUCUUAUUUUUUGCUUUCUUGAUCCGUACAUAUUAACGGCCUUUUUAUUACAUCUACAAUUUGACACUUUUGCUUCUGCCCUCAUAUGUGCUCUCCUCUCUGUGAUACCAGACGUCGGACUGUGGUACACUGAAUGUGAUGCCGUCGAUGCUGAGCUCUGCCUGUCUCUCAAACAAGAUAACGCACGUUGCAUAUCCUCCGCUUCCAUUGGGCCGGAGCCAAAUUAUCCAAUGCAACACGGAGGAAAGCGGUUUGAUGCGAUGCGCUUGGAUGCAAUGAAUGGAAAGCUAAAUUAGCUACAUAGCCUCUCGUGCAUGCCACGCCUUA